AUGGAGAUUCAGGGUUUGGCAUUCUUGCCUAUCUUCUUGUCCAUAUGGAUGCUAUUAGGUCUCUGUUCCACGACCACCAUUACUGUCAUCUUAGGCCAUUCAAAAUAUCCAUACAUCAGUAACACGGGAGAAGAAUUCCCCGAAUCGGUGGUCUUCACAGUCGUCUUCAUGGUUAUAUCCAUUGUAGGAGCUGGCAUCGCUUCCAUCAAAUACAGGUUCAUGAUCAUUCAUUCUGAGCCAUCAGAGAAGCGACAUAUCAUCGGCCAGAGACUCCUCUAUGCCAUGGGAUGGCUGGCAUGUAUUGGGACAGCCUUGACCGGAGCAUUUUCGAUGAAGACCAAUCCCCUCGUCCACAGGAUCAGCGCAGGAGUGGCAUUUUUCACUUUUGCCAUAUACAACCUGUGUCAAUCUAUAUGCCUGUACAAGAGAUCCCUCAGCAGUCGUUGCAUGUGCCACAUUAGACUGGCAUCAACCUUGGUGACCAUUGUGGCACUGAUAAUCUUUGCUGUAGGUUUGGGCACCUUCUUCCUUCUAUGUACCACUGAUAGCUGUAAAGAGAUCUUCUCUAUAACAGGCCUGGUGGGUGAGUGGACGGGAUUCUUUGGCUUGACAGUUUACCCUGUCAUGAAUUAUACAGAUUUCCAGUGUUUGUCAUUAGAGUUGUCCCGAGAAGGCAUCUCCAUCGUUCUGAGGAAAAAGACCCAGGACCCUGAAAACCCCCAAUAAAAUCUAAGGUUAAGAACCAGGAGCGGAG